GAUUCAGGAGAGAUGUUGUCGGAAUGAAAUUAAAUAGAAGCAACGAGAAAUGCACCAUAAUAUUGCUUCGUCACACUAACACUAGAGCCGUACAAGCGACACUGCAAGUGCGUAUUGACUGAUGGCGAGAGAAGCAGGUUUAAUCUCUCUCUUCCUCUUGGCCCUGGUGCUCCAUGCUCAGGCCCUCACACCCUCCCACCACCUGUCCAGUGCGGAUGUGACCAGACUGCAAGCCUUCCUGAACCAGCCUCUGGAAGACCUGGAGUCUGCCUAUUACACCAUUGUGGGGCUCAGCAAGCUGGGGACCCAAGUGUCUGAUGAGAAGGGUGCCUGCCAGUUCCUGAAAUCCCAUCACGACCCCACCAAUAUCGAUUCCCUCUUCUUCGCUGCAGAGGCGAGCCAGGCCCUCUCAGACUGUGAGAUCCCCAUCUCCAAUGAGACCCGUGACCUGCUCCUGGCCGCAGUGAGCGAGGACUCGUCAAUGUCUCAGAUCCACCAUGCUGUGGGAGCGCUCAGCUCCCUCGGGCUGCCCCUUGCUUCCCAGGAGGUGGUGAGCGCUCUGGCUGCCCGCAUCACCAAGGAGGACAACGUCAUGGCAAUUAUCGUGGCAUUGCAGACUGCGUCCCGGCUCUCCCAGCAGGCUGAUCUCGGCAGGAUUCUCGAGGAGAUUGAGGACCUGGCUGCCCGGCUGGACGAUCUGGGUGGAGUUUACCUCCAGUUCGAGGAAGGGCUGGAGGCCACUGCCCUGUUUGUCACUGCAACGUACGGACUGUCAGACCAUGUGGGCAUGGAGCCACCCCUGAAAGAGGACCAACUUGUGCAGCUAGUGAACUCUGUGUUCAGUAAGAAGGCUUGGGGCUCCCUGGCGGAGGCGUUCAGCGUAGCCAGCGCUGCCGCCGCUCUUGCAGACAACCGCUUCCACGUCCCAGUGAUCGUGGGGACACAAGGCCCGGCCACCGUCUCACACAGACAGCCCACCCUAAAGAUCCAGGUGACCAACGUGCUGUCCAGGCCCCUUCCCUCUGCCAGUGUGGUGGUUGAAUCGGCCCGCUCAGUCUCCUCCAAGAACGUGGUCUUGAAGCAGGCUUCCUUCACACUCCGAGAAGAGGUUUUUGAGCUGAACUUCCUUGACAGCAAGCCAGCAAGUGGCUACUAUGACUUCGCAGUGGCAGUGGCCGGAGACACGCGCUUCGUUGGGAGCAGUGUGGAGCUCAAAGUCAAAGUUUCCACUGAGGUUGGCAUCACUAAUGUGGAUCUGUCUAUAGUGGACAAGGACCAAAGCAUUGGACCAAAAAGCACCAAAGUGGCGUACCCCUCAAAGGCAAAGGGCUCCUUGAUCGCAGACAGCCACCAGAACCUGGCUCUGUCCUUCCAGCUGGUGGAUGAGAACACCGGGGUGGAGCUCACUCCACACCAGACCUUUGUGCGCCUGCAUAAUCAAAAGACAGACCAGGAGGUGGUGUUUGUUGCUGAGCCCGACAGUAAAAACGUGUACAGGUUUGAGCUGGAUACUGCAGAGAGGAAAUCUGAGUUUAAUUCAGUGUCUGGCACGUAUGCACUGCACCUCAUGAUCGGGGAUGCCACACUGGAGAAUCCCAUCCUCUGGAACAUGGCUGAUAUUGUGCUGAAGUUCCCAGAGGAAGAUGCCCCCUCAGUGGUGCAGUCCAAGAACCUCUAUGUUGCUAAACCAGAGAUCCAGCAUCUGUUCAGAGAACCUGAGAAGAAGCCAGCGACUGUGGUUUCCAAUGCAUUCACAGCUCUGGUACUGGCUCCAUUCCUGCUGCUGAUUAUCCUGUGGAUUAAACUUGGUGCCAACAUUUCAAACUUCAGCAUUACCCCAAGCACCCUCCUGUUCCACCUGGGACACGCUGCAAUGCUGGGGCUCAUGUAUGUGUACUGGACACACCUGAACAUGUUUCAGACCCUCAAGUACCUGGCCAUUGUGGGCAGCCUCACUUUCUUAGCAGGAAACCGCAUGUUAGCCCAGAAAGCAGUCAAGAGGAUCUCUGCAGAGCAGAGUAGUAGAUUGGCAAAGUAUAGGAGCCUGCGGUAGAGAGCUGUUUUCUAAUUCUUAAACACAAAACCUUCCUGUCUCAAGAUUGGAAGCCAGUAAAAGUAAUUCUA